AUGUACAUCAUCGAGGAAGAUAGUGGGGACGACGGCGGAUGCCGUCUGAUCUCCGUCCGUCAGUGCGUCGACGCUGACGGAGCGGGCGAGACGGAAAGCCGGCGGCCCGACGACGAGGACGACGUCGACACCGCUAGCCUGCUGGAUGUCAAGUGUUUCCCACGUGUGCACAAGACGCCGCAUAUCCUGAAGAAGUCCGCCUCUCUGGAGGCGGAGAAGGGCCACGAGUCGAAGAAGGAUCAGUUCCUAAAGUCCUGCGGUCGCGUGGACGCGAGAGCAAACCGGUCGGCUGUCGAAUCGGCCGCGUCUCGAAGCGAGGAGGAAGAGAUCGUCCUCGGCGCGAGCAACGAGAAGCUCGUUGGAAUUUCCGUUCGGUCGUUGGAAGUGGUGGAUUGCAAGAGCGUGUACGACGACCAGGGGUACAAAACCACGGUGAAUUUCCAGUACAGGGACACUCUGACGCGAUCGUGCAACGCGUCCCGGCUCGAGAGAGCACGCGGCUUGAAGAGAAGCGUGUCCGCGCCCGGGAACGGCUCCUGCCAAGCCUCAGGCGAGAAACAGGAUACCUCGUCGACGACCAAAGACAGUGACAGCCAAAGCAAAGACUCGGAGUAUCGGGGCAAGGAAACCAAAGACUUUGCGUUCGCGAGGAGGAGCCCGUUGCCGAAAAGCGCAGCGGACGUCAGCGGCCAGUCGACAGCCAGAUACCAACGUUCCAGGGCCAACAGAUCGCAAACGGCGGAAUUCGCGACGAAGACGGAGCAGUUGAUCGCGAGACGCGGCCAGCAGGAUCAUCCGGCCCGAAGGGCGAGAGCCUCCUCGUUCGUGAUCGAGAGGAAGAGGCAUCGCCAGGCUACAAUUACAUCCUCGAGGUCCAGCGAGGAUCUGUCGAGGAUCUGUUCGUUGAGCAACAACGAGACGACGGAGGCCGAUGGAAUGCGGAAUUGCAACGGCGCGGUGGCGGGCGUCGACGAGAACGAAGGAUGCGUCCUGCUCGGGGUCCGGUCCCUGGAGGAGAGCCCCCAGCUGCCUCUGAUCCCGCGACAGGACGACAGGUGUACCAGAAGGGACAGGGAACGUGCUAGGAUCCUGCGACGCAGGAGAAUCAACGGGAGAUCGGCCUCGGUGCCUAGGGUACACGUGAGUUUAGAUCUUAAACCAGUCGACACGCGAACCAGCCGAAACGAGAUCUAG